GUAACCAUAAAUUGUUCCUUAAAAUUCAUUACAAAAUUUACUUUUAGUUGUAAGAUCUAAUCCAGAACUAAAAAUAAUGAAUGAAUAAAUCUAAUAUUUAAAAUAAACAUAAACUGAAUUAAAAUAAAAUACUUUAUUUCUUGAAAAUAACGAAAUUUAAAAUAUUAGUUCUCUGAAUCCAUGUGAUAUAUUAAAACAAUAAGGUUCAGUUAUUAGUUAAUCAAUAGAAAGUUUAAAUUUACUUUUUUUAGAUUUUUAAAGUUUUAGUAAUGAAUAAGUUUACUAAUGCAUAGAAUAUAUAUCUUUAGACAUAUAACAAAAAUAAGAAGAUUUAUAAAAAGCAAAUUGGAAUAUUUCAAACAUUAUAAAACUAAUUAUUUAAAAAGUUUCAAGUAUUAAUUGGGGAAAAGUAUUAUUAUAAAUGGAUUGUUAAAACCUAUAAAUAGAAACAUAUUAAUAGUUUUGCACAUUUUUCAAUAUUUUUUUAUAAAUAAAUAAGCAAUAUUUUUUUUCCAUGCCUUAAUAAUUAUUUAAUCAAAAAUGGUAGAAUUCAAAAAGUCAGCUUUAAUUUUUUAAAAACCUUCUUUAACUAAAUUAACCUUCAAUAGUUCGUUGGGACGAAAUACCGAAGACAAUUAUUAAUUUAGACUUUAAUCCACUAUAUAAAUAUUAAACAUUAAAUCCUCCAGUUCUUUAAUUUUGGGCAUGUGUAGAUAUAUUACAAUAAAUUUUACAAUUAAGUGAAGAAUAUUAUGACGAAACAAAAUUGUUGUUAGAGUACCCGCUAAAGAAAUGUACAGAUAUACUAACAGUAGGUUUAUCAUAAAUAAAAAAUAUAAAAAAUUAAGGCUUGUAAAAUGAAAUAUUAAGUUAAUUAUUUCAAAACUACCUUUCUAAUCAUUCUAGUUCUGUAUAAAUAUUAGAAGCAAUAUGGAAAAAAAACGAAGAUCUUUUAAUAAACGCAAUGUGUGAGCUAUACAAAAAUGAUAACAAAAAAGAAAAUACUUGCUUAAAUAUCUCCAGAAUUUUAGAUAUUUCCCAAUAAAUAAAAGAUUCUUUAAUUUCUUUAACAAAUUGUAAAGAUUAUUACUUUUCUGUUUCUUUGGGUAUCCUUGCUGGAAAAAGAGAAUUCCUUCAUUUUGAUUAAUGGAUUAAUGAAAGAAUUAAAAAUGUAGGUAAUCCUUUUGUGGAAGCUUUACUAACUUAUAUUGACGAUAAUUUACUUAGCUAAAUUAAUUAAAUCAAUUCUAAAACUUAUUUUAUUAAUAAUUUAUAAGAAUUAUAUGAAAGUGCACUUGAGAAAGCUUAAAUAACCCCUGAAAUUUUAACCAUCAUUUUUGAGUGCUUGUUAACUGAACCUCCUUAUAAUUUAUCUGAAAUAAAUCGUUAGAAACUGUAAGAAUAAUAUAAAAUAAUUAUUGAAUGUUUUCCUUAAUUAAAUGGAAGAAUUAAUCCAUAAAUUUAAUAAAUAGAAAAAAAAGCUAAUACAUAAUUUUAAUAAUUGUAUUCUAAAGAAAUCAGCAUUGAAUAAUUUAUUGAUAAUUUAAAUAAUUUAAGAAAAUCUAAUAUUAAGGAAGAUAAUGAAGUUUUUGCUUGUAUGAUUACUGGACUUUUAGAAGAAUGUAGAUUCCAUGACUAAUAUCCUUAUAGUGAAUUGAUUUUUACAGGCUAAUUAUUUGGAGCAAUUAUAAAUGCAUAAUUAAUUUUCUAAAAACCAUUGGCUAUAUUUUUAGAAAUAGUUCUUGAUUAUUGUAAAAGAAAUAAUAAAAAAAUUGAAUUUAGUAUUAAAGCUAUAGAUGGAAUGAAUGAUAGGCUUUAUGAAUUUCCUAAUUUUAUUUAUGGUCUCUUUGACUCAUAGAUUCUUUUAUUUUAUCCUGAUUUCUUGUUGAAAAUUGUUGAAAACUGUUAUAAAAAAGGGAUUAUAUUUAAUAAUGAUAUAUAAUAUUUAGAUUAAAUAAAAGAUAAAUGUCUAAAUCAAAUUAACAUAAAUAAAAUGUAAAAUAUCGAAAAUAAUUAAAAAUUUUAUUCUCGAAAAUUCGGUUUAAUAGAUAUCUUAAGAUUCCUAAAAUGA